UAAUAUUUGCUUAAUAUAUAUAUGCUAUGAAGGGAAGGCAGUAAUGAAAUUUGUUUAGCUAUGUGGCCGCGGUACAGAAAAUAUCUGAAAUAUACUGGAAAUUAAAUGUAUACUAAUGCAUAUGCAAAAUUAAGCAGGACCCGGCUGGCUUAUAAUUAAUACAAUAAAAUCUACAAAUUCUAAGAAGUGCACACCCUCAUAUUUUGUAAUUAAUAUUAUUAUAAUUAUGUAUUAUAUAUUAUAUUAUGUGUACCCUUAUUAUUUGCGCAAGAAAUAUGUAUAAAAGCCCAAAGAUUUCGAUGUACAUUAAAUCAGUUUCAAUAUGCAUUGCUUGAAAGUUACAUUGUGCAGUCUUUUGCUGUUAGCUUUGAAUUUAGUUCAAGCUCUGCCUGCUCAGCAGAGUAAGCAACAAAUCAGGAUUGACGACAUGCUGCUGACAACGGAACAAUUCGAAUACUUGAAUGGCACUGACAUGCCGCAAUCUGCAUUAGCUUGGCCGCAAUACUACUGGCCACAGAGCACACUCGUCUUUUCGAUUAGCACACAAUUUACUCCAUAUGAAGUUCAGAAAAUCCAGGAAGCCAUGGCAGAAAUCGAAAGCGUAUCUUGUAUACGCUUUCGUCAAACAGACAACAUAAAGGAGAAUCGUGUUGCUAUACAACGCAUCGCCGGUAUGGGCUGCUUUUCUGCUCUGGGCUAUCAGCAUAAUGUUCAGCCCUUGAGCUUGGACACAGGCUGCAUGCAUAAGGGCACUAUUCAACAUGAAUUGCUCCAUGCACUCGGCUUUAUACACAUGCAGAACGAUCCGAGACGAGAUGACUAUGUGAUUAUCAAUUGGGGCAAUAUUAUAGAAGGAGCUGAGAGCCAAUUUCAAAUGUGGAAUCCUUUCAACGUAAAUAAUUUCGGUGUGGCGUAUGAUUAUGCCAGCAUUAUGCAUUAUAGUGCAUUUGCUUUCAGCAAGAAUGGCCAACGGACAAUUAUUCCCAAAGUCUAUGGUGCUCAAAUUGGUCUGAGAAAGCUAAGCCCUUGGGAUAUAGUUAAAUUGAAGUUAGCCUACUGCUUAAACUAACAAUCAUUCACAUUUUGCGAAAACUAUUUUGUGCAAGUAUAAUUUAAUAACUU